AUGCCAACCUUGAAGCUGACGUACUUUGACCUGCCGAGUCGAUCCGAGAUCACGUGGUUGGCCUUUGCCAUCGGUGGCAUUGCGUUCGACGACUGCCGCAUCCCUUGCAACCAGUGGCCAGUCCUGAAACCCGCCACGCCGUACAAUCAACUGUCCAUCUUGACCGUGGACGGUCAUGUGUUCUCUCAAUCCCAUGCCAUUGCGCGGUACGCUGGAGCAUUGUCUGACUUGUACCCGACAAGCAACCCAGUGGCGGCGCUCCUCGUGGAUUGA